AGCCCCAAGUGCCGAACUCGCAACCCACCGGACCCAGGCGACUGUGCUGACCUGUCACCAUCUAAAGCAGGGGACAAAGAAAGAGAUUGCACGUUUGCUAGCAGAAUGGAGGGAAGUGGGGGUUUAUUCGAUCGCCUACGAAUUCUCAGAAGGCAGCCCGACCUUCGGCCUCUUUCUCCGCCUCCUCUUCACGCAGAUCACAGUGAUCGGGGCCUGUUCCCGAGGAAGUGGUAUAUCCUUCUCGUCGGGCUCAUCAGAGUCAUGAAAGAAAAAAAAGGGUUCUGCUUGUCCGUGCUGCUGAAGUCAAAAAAUGGGAGAGUGGAGAGGGCCACAACACCAGGUGACCAGUCUGUCCACAACCUCGAUAGACUCGAUCAAGCUGCCCAAAAUCUCAACACCCGGAGCCAAAGGAGCAGGCACGUUAUUGCACCUUGCAAUGGUCCCUCAGUACAGAAAUAUGACAACAGCUGCCACACGAAGCCCAAUUCUGCUCCCAUUCAGCUCCUCCGUAGAGAGGAGAAGAAUCCCUUCAACUCAGUUGACAAUGUCAAGAUUGUGACUGUAUCCCCAGCUGAGCUUGUGCCUGAGGAUGAGCUGAAAGACGGAGAGAAGAUCUAUGCUGGAGCUAAAUUCAGCGAGCCCCCGUCUCCAAGUGUCCUGCCCAAACCACCGAGUCAUUGGGUCGGCGAGACUGCCCCCCAACAUUCCGACCACAGCCGAGAGCAAAUUACGUUUCAUUUGAAGUCUCUGCUGAAGGUUCAAGAUAAACCAUGAUCUCAAUGGAUGGAAAUCUUAUCAAAAAGUUCCGUCUAUACCUGAUCAAUGACAAAUUUGGCACUGAAGAAUUUGGACUCUGAAAGAACUGGAACUAUAACUUAACAGCAACAGAAUGUAAUGAGUUUUUGAUCUGUAAUACAAUUUCACAUGUUUUGAGCAAGCGGCCUUGUUUUUGGGGGGAUUUUUUAUGAACUUGUGUAAAUGUAUAUACUGUAAACAUGUAAUAUAAGUGUAUAUUUUUCAUGUUAUUUUAACAGAAAGUAUAGUUUUGUUACUGAUGCCUAAAAAAGAUGUUCACCUUGAGCUGGUGCACUUACUGUUCCAAUAAUGGGCUGCAGUGCCCAUUGGGACGCAUUAAACGUAAGAAAGAUUAUCUUACAAAUUUGCACAAGACUGACUGAACCAACACGAGUCACCAUAGUGGCAAGCAAGCAUAGAGUUGUGUGAAGGUUUGGGGUUCUGUGAACUUCAGCCCACCAGUUGUGACUGCUAUUGCCUUGAAUGCACUGCAGGGAGGACCCACAAUCUUCAGGGAACUCUCGAAGGACGGUCUUGAAGACGGUAACCUCUUCCCCAGGCUCAAUGACAGAGGGAGCCAGCUGGGUGAAUGACAUCAAGAAGAUGGAGUGACAAAUGUGAGUCUCAAAAUCAAAAAUUCCCCCUCUGAUGACGAGAACAACUGCCGCUGCAGGAAACAGACAAAUUCAGCACGAGCACUGACUGAGUGCCCUUUGUUUUGAAUCUCUAUAGCACUGACACAUUUCUGUUUUUUGUUUUUCCUUUCAUUGGCCCCCUGAUCACCAGUGUUGUUCCAUCUAAAGCGCUGAGAAUGUUUACCGGAAGAAAGAUGAAUGACAUGGUCUUUAUUAUUAUGUAACACACAUUUGACCCCUUCCCCCUAAAGCUAGGCAGCUGCUAGUUCUUGUUCCUUCACUCCGUGUCACACAAAAAUGAAAUUGUAUUACUGUACCAAAGAUUGAAUUUUGUUUUUUGCAAAUGUUCAAAAAGUUAAGUCCAGUGACUAAAUUUGUAUACAUCUUAAAGCAAUACUCUCACUUUGCAAUUAGAAUUUUUUUAAUUUUAUGAUGCAUUUCAUAUCUAAAUUGACAUUAAAAUAUUGGCUACCCCUAA